GGAGGUCGGGGACAGAGACCGGCCGGCGUGUGCGUUGGGGCCAACGGCGGCGAUUGGGCGGGAAGGUCGGAGGAAUCGGCUGCUGCAACGAGCAAUUUCGUCUCCAACCUACAGGUGGAUUAAUUAGAGCAAGCACGAGUACAGCCAUCCUGCCCAGGGUAGCUGCGCCCCAGGUUACUCUACCUGAAAGAGAUAACCAUCUCCAAUGUGAAUCUUAUAAUGUCCUUAAACAAUCAAAUGAUGAUGUGCAGGAGCCACGAACUACCAUGCAGGAGCCGCAACAAACCAAAUCGAAAGAGGGUUGUGGCAGUGCACCUUUACCACAUGAACAUGUGAUCACUAAGAAUGCCCAUGCUGAAAAUAAUCUUGCUGUGCAGCAAGGUGGUCCUGAACUAAGUUUGCGACUUCACCAAGUUACUAAGCAGAAUGCUCAUGCUCAAAAUAGUAAUGCAACCAAGCCAUGUGGUCAUCACCAAGUCACUAAGCAGGAUAAAGUUGAAGUCGUGUUGUAUUCAAUGAACCCGAGAAACAAAGACAAACUCGUGGCCACAGGAACUUUAGCGAGUAAAGAGAAAACGUAUGUGGUUGGAGGAAACAUGCUUGGAGUGCAAUAUGUUGCAGUUGAUGUUCGCGGUUAUAUCUAGGAGAUGAGAAACUAGUUAGACCAUAUGAAAAAUUCCAAACAGUAAGGGAUGCCGUGGGUUCUGUUAUUGCUUGGCCUCGCCCACAUGUAAAAAUAGUUAGGCCAACUCCUCCAGCACAACCACAAAGCAUUGGGCAGUGAGGAUUUGAAAAGUGAGUGCAUUAAAGGAGCUAGGAGUGGCUGGGUAGUUGACGAUUUGAAAAGGGAGUGCACUAGAGUCAGGAGCAGUUGACGAAUCUAUCUUUGAAUGAACAAAUAUUCUGGAUUAUGUAUAGAUGUUAGCUUCAUAGAGAAAAAUAGUUCUAGUCUAUAGGAUCUUUUCUUAUUUAUUUUCAUGAUCGCAUGUUUCAUAUCAAUGUUUGAUAUUAUUCAGCUGUGAAUUCCAUGUACUACCUCUCUUUCAGUUUACAGGGCGUGCGCG